AUGCAUUCUACAUCACUCAUUCCAACAACUUUUGAUGGAAUGCAUGGGCUAAAUGACAUCGACAUAUCCUACAAUCAGAUGCAGGGUCCAAUCCCCAACAACAAAGCAUUUCAAAAUGCUCGAAUGGAAGGGAAUAACGGAUUAUGUGGCAAUGUUGGAGGACUAAAACCCUGCAAUCAUUCUGUGGAACAUAAGCGAACCUCAAAGAAGGCGUUCUUAAUCAUUUUCCCUAUCUUGGGAACACUUUUACUUGCUUUCCUAGCAUUUGCUUUGAUUGAUAGAAGAAUAAGAAGUAGAAAAAAGAAAUCACAGGAAAUAGAACAGGGCAAUAUGCACGAAAGCUUUUUCUCAAUAACUAAUUUUGACGGAAGAAAAAUGUAUGGAGAAAUCAUGAAAGCAACCAAUGGUUGUGAUGCCGUCCAUUGCAUCGGGAUGGGAGGACAGGGAAGUGUCUACAAGGCAAAGAUCCCAUCAGGCAACGUUGUUGCAGUGAAGAAAUUCCAUCAAACACUUGAUGGUGAGGAGGCAUCUCGGAAGGAGUUCCUUAAUGAAAUAAGGGCUUUAACUCAGAUACGACACCGAAACAUUGUAAAAUUUCUUGGAUUUUGUUCAAGUUCCCAUCACUCGUUUUUGGUCUAUGAGUAUCUGGAAAAAGGUAACUUGGCUGCAAUCUUGAGCAACGAGCAUGAAGCUAAAAAGUUGGACUAUGCGUUGUGUUAUAUGCAUCAUGAUUGCUCACCACCUAUUGUGCACCGAGACAUAACAAGCAGCAACAUUUUGCUGCAUUAUGACUACGAGCCUUGUGUUUCGGACUUCGGAAUUGCUAAGAUUUUGAAUCCAGACUCGUCGAAUUGGACUGCUCUUGCUGGCACAUAUGGAUAUGUAGCACCAAAGCUGGCUUACACAAUGAAGGUAACUAAGAAAUGUGAUGUUUAUAGCUUUGGGGUGCUGGCACUGGAAGUGAGUAUCGGAAAGAAGCUAGGCGAUUUCGUCUCCUCCUUUUCGUUUCCAUCCACCACCUGUACAAACAUAUUGCUCAAGGAUGCGUUGGACCAACGCCUUCCUCCUCCUACCCCUCAACUUCAAGAUGAACUCAUAACCAUUGCAAGGCUAUCAGUUUGCAUGCAGACAUUCCCAUCCACAAUCGAGGCCAACAAUGCUCAUGGUUUCUCAGAUGUUAUCAUUCCAAACUGCUUCUUCCUAUAG